AUGAGCGACAAGGUUGAGAGCAUCAGCCCAUACGGGCCAGCUCGGUCCACCGUCAAGGGCACUCCGCUGUCCGAGAAGGAGCUCAAAGAAUACAAUGACUUCUGGAAAGCCUCACUGUAUCUGUCCCUUGGUAUGAUCUACCUGCGGGAAAACCCCCUCCUACGAGAGCCCCUGAAAUUGGAGCACAUCAAGGCACGUCUGCUGGGCCACUUCGGCUCCGCUCCCGGCCAGAUUUUCACAUGGAUGCAUUUCAACCGUCUGAUCAAAAAGUACGACCUUGAUGCAUUCUUCGUGUCCGGCCCCGGCCACGGUGCUCCGGCCGUCCUCUCCCAGUCCUACCUGGAGGGUGUCUACUCGGAGGUCUACCCCGACAAGUCCGAGGACGUAGAGGGCAUGCAGAAGUUCUUCAAGUCCUUCUCUUUCCCCGGCGGAAUUGGCUCUCACGCUACUCCCGAGACUCCCGGCAGUAUCCACGAGGGUGGAGAGCUGGGUUAUUCCAUCUCCCACGCCUUCGGCGCCGUCUACGACAACCCGGACCUCAUUGCCCUCACCAUGGUCGGUGACGGUGAGGCCGAAACCGGUCCGCUGGCCACUGCCUGGCACAGCAACAAAUUCCUGAAUCCCAUCAGCGACGGUGCUGUACUGCCCGUUCUCCACCUCAACGGCUACAAGAUCAACAACCCCACAAUUCUCGCCCGUGUAAGUCACAAGGAGCUCGAGAACCUCUUCAUUGGUUACGGCUGGACACCGUACUUUGUCGAGGGUGACGAUAUCGACACGAUGCACCAGGCCAUGGCCGCCACAAUGGAGCAGGCCGUGCUCGACAUCAAGAAGUACCAGAAGGAGGCACGUGACUCCGGCAAGGCGACCCGGCCGCUGUGGCCCAUGAUCGUCCUCCGCACGCCCAAGGGCUGGACCGGUCCCCGAAAGAUCGACAACAACUACCUGGAGGGCUUCUGGCGUGCUCACCAGGUCCCCAUCACCGAUGUUGCCACCAACCCCAAGCAUCUUGAGCUUCUCGAGCAGUGGAUGCGCAGCUACGAGCCCGACAGGCUCUUCGGCAAGGAUGGCCGCAUCAGCGAAGAGCUCAAGGCUGCCAUGUGCCCCACUGGCAACCGUCGCAUGAGCGCCAACCCCGUCGGCAAUGGCGGUAUCCUGCGCAAGCCGCUGAAGAUGCCCGACUUCAGAGAUUAUGCUAUUAAGGUUGAUAAGCCGGGUGUCACAAUGGACGCCUCCAUGACCAACAUGGCUGGCUUCUUGCGCGAUAUCAUCGCCAAGAACCAGACCAACUUCCGUUUGUUCGGCCCUGAUGAGACCGAGUCCAACAAGCUCUCCAAGGUUUACGAGGCGGGACAGAAGGUAUGGAUGGGCGAGUACUUCGAGGAAGAUGCCAACGGCGGCAACCUGUCCCCAGCUGGCCGUGUUAUGGAGAUGCUAUCCGAGCACACCUGCGAGGGUUGGCUUGAGGGUUACAUUCUCAGCGGUCGCCACGGUAUGCUAAACUCUUACGAGCCCUUCAUUCACGUCAUCGACUCCAUGGUCAACCAGCACUGCAAGUGGCUCGAGAAGUGUAACGAGGUGGAUUGGCGUGUAAAGAUCGCCUCCCUCAACAUCCUCUUGACUGCCGUCGUCUGGCGACAGGAUCACAACGGUUUCACUCACCAAGAUCCUGGUUUCCUCGAUGUCGUCGCCAACAAGGACCCCGAGGUCGUCCGUAUCUACUUGCCACCUGAUGGCAACUGCCUGUUGUCCGUCAUGGAUCACUGCUUGCGUUCAUCCAACUACGUCAACGUUGUUGUCGCUGAUAAGCAGGAGCAUCUGCAAUACCUCUCCAUGGAGGCUGCCGUCGAGCACUGCACCAAGGGUAUCGGUAUCUGGCCCCAGUUCAGCACUGAUGCCGGUCAGGAGCCCGACCUAGUCAUGGCUUCUUGCGGUGAUAUCUCCACCCACGAGUCACUUGCUGCCAUCGACUUGCUGCUCCAGCACUUCCCCGAGCUUAAGAUCAGAUGCGUCAACUGCGUCGAUCUAUUCAAGCUGAUCAGCCACGUCGACCACCCGCACGGUCUUACCGACGCUGAGUGGACCGCCCUAUUCACCGACGACAAGCCGGUCAUCUUCAACUUCCACAGCUACCCAUGGCUCGUACAUCGUCUGACGUACAAGCGACCAGGCAGCCAUAACCUGCACGUCCGCGGCUACAAGGAGAAGGGCAACAUCGAUACCCCUCUUGAGCUGGCCAUCCGCAACCAGACCGAUCGAUUCAGUCUGGCCAUGGACGCCAUCGACCGCAUGCCCGCGCUACACAACCGCGGCGCCGCGGCCCGAUCCGCCCUCCUCAACGCCCAGAUCAAGGCCCGCAACGAGGCCUUCGAGAACGGCAUUGACCCAGCCUUCCUCAAGAACUGGACCUGGCCCCACACUGGACUGUGGAAGAACGCCGUCAACAAGCUGGCCGGUUAA